AACCUAUUAAAUGGACCGACCACCGAUGUUCGCGUUGAUGCUUGUUCAUCGGUCGGUGAGGAACAAUGACCACAUCGGGGUCCGGUUUCGUAAAGGUGUGUUAAGCUUUAAAAGCCCACCCGCAAUUUCAUCAGUCGUCAGUUGCAUUCCGCUAUUCAAAUUGAAAAUGUCUCGACCGUGUUAUGAUUCUCGGUACAAAAUGUAUUCGACGCAGAUAUAUCGAUGGCUCUUCUUCGUCAGCGCGAUGUCCUCGGGGAAUUUUGCAGAGGGAUUAGAAUCUCGGGACGCGGUCUUUGUAAAUUUCCAUCGUAGAUACAACAUGUCUAAGGUAGCGUUACUUCAGAACGACGGCUAUUUACCUCCAGCUCCGAUUCCGGAUUUCUCCUUGCCGGAAGUGAUCGAUAAUAGAAAUGUGGUAGGAACAAACGAGAUUAGAAACUAUUCCAAUGCACUGUAUCAUCUCCCUGACCGGGAUUCCUUGCGAGCCCUCACGCGCAAGGGUUUGCAAGACACGAGGUAUCUAGGGAGCGCCGGGUUACAGGCACCCCAACAUCAUCGUCGACCCACUUUUCCGCAAGGCAAACACUCUCGACAGACUACAACCCAGUCUCCUCAUCCUCCUCCUUCUCAUCCUGCUCUCGAAACACCGACAAAUCACAUCAACGUGGAAGAGAUGUCUUGUCAGAACGCGGGAGAAUUGUUCUUCAGAGCAUCCAUCAAAGCACCGAGAAACUUGGCUCCGCCGGUGAUAGAUAACGUGAUGCGUGAAACCUGUCAAGUGGCAGCAGCCAGGGAUUCUUAUCGCAUUAAUUUCGAGAGGGAUCAGGUCUGGAAUUGCGGGGUCGUUGAUUGUUCCGUGGACGGCAACCGAUCGUACUGUCUCGAGCUGAGAUUCCCAGUGAUUUCCGGUCUGCGUUUGAGGGACGACUACAGGGUGACUUUGCGAUGUAAAACGCAGGACAGAAUCGCGUAUCAUACGAAGCGGAUCAGCGUGAAACCUUUGGAAGUGAAAGCGAGAAACGUUCCGAGCAUGUUAAACGGCGGUUCCAAGAACGCUCUGGAUGUGGAUGUUGGACUGUUUAGGAAGACUUACAACUCGGAAAACAUUUUCGACACAAGGAUACAAUCAGGCGGUACUGUCAUCCUCGGCGAAGAGAUUUUGCUGCGCGUGUUAGUCAACGGUGACGACGGCUGGCGAUACUCCAAGAUUGGUCAAGUGACGAUGCACUAUGUGGAAGGCAGACAGCAACAGAAGGUUGUCAACAGCCUGUGGAUCCUGAACGAGGAGGGUUGCUUAAAUUCAGAUGUACGCGAAAUCUGUCCUCGGGAACAGUAUAUGGCCUCGUCAUUGGAGAGCUACCUAAUCUUCCAGGCAUUUAUGUUCGAGGGGAUGAAGGAGACCGACGAAAUUUCUCUCACCGUGAAGGCGAUGGCGUGUCUGGAGCCUGCGGAUUGCGUCCUGGAUUGUCCUGCCGGCCACGUUAGACGCGCCAGGAAUGUUCCAGAUGGAAACAAUACCGCCGAAUGGCAGGAUGACAUAAUCCUGCGAGUGCUUCUUCCAAAAUACGAAUCACGCGUCUCGCAAAAUUAUUAUUUAGCGACCCUGUUGUUGGCGGUGACGUUACUCGCGCUAAUCGCAUUAUUGCGGAUCAUUAAGACUUCGCUUCGCCAAAGGAUAAAAUCCUGAAUAAUGUUUAAUAAACAUAAAACGAAAAAUGUCAUGUAUAUUGAUGAUUGCUAAUAUAUCAUAUAAUAAUUUUUCAUUUAUUUUAAUAUUAUAUUUUUAUUUAUGACUGUCGCAAUUUUAUAGGAAGUUUCAAUAAUAAUUAUA